UUCGAAUAAACCAAACGUAUAUAAAUAUAAAAAGCAAAAAAGGCAAAUACAAAAUGAAGGAUGAGGAUGCGCUUCCAAUAUCAACGCCGACGGCACCUUCAUCAUCAACUUCCAAAAAGGAAACUUCCUCUUCCUCCACCUAUUCCGCCAUUUUCGGAAGAGGUCGUUACAAGUUUUGGGCAUUUGCGGCUAUCUUAUUGUUAGCUUUCUGGUCUAUGCUUACCGGUACUUUUACUCUCCGUUGGUCCGCCGGUAACCUUAACGCCAUCUCAGAUGACAUCGAUAUUCCCCUCCCCGAAGAUCUCGACGUUCUCGAAAUGGAAGAAAGGGAGAAGUUAGUGAAACAUAUGUGGGAUGUAUACACAAACAGCCGUGGGAUCAAAUUGCCAAAGUUUUGGCAGGAAGCAUUUGAGGCUGCCUACGAGGAGUUAACCAAUGACGUUCCUGGAGUUCCCGAGGAAGCCAUUUUUGAGAUUGCUAAGAUGUCUGUACGCUACAUUCCUAUUGAAUCACCACCUCUCCAUUCAUCGGACAUAAAGGAGCUUCAGUGACAAGUAGACACAAGAUGGAAAUAUUGUUUUCCUUCGGAAAGAGUUCUUGGAGGGAUAUUUUGUGCGCUUCAAGUUUUCUUCUUCGACGCGGAUCAGUAUGACGUGCAAAGGAGCAGUGCAGAUUUCUUAAAGAUUUUACUUUUCCCUCUAGUAACUCAAUUUCAGUUUACACACAACUUCCGCAAGGGAGCAACACCAUAGUUUCUCACAGCUCUGCGAGACAGAACACUGAAGUGAUGAAAGUAUGUAUCAUCAUAUAUCCGUGCUUUGCAGUUGUGUAUCCCAGGGCAAUCUAGAAUGUAGUGCAUGUGGUUUAAAUUCACAGAGAUGUCGGUUGUCUUCUCUGCUGUAAUAUUAUAAUUGUGGAAGGAUGGCUAUGGUCAUUGUCCGCCAAUUGAACAUAGUUGGUGUGCACAUGAACAUUAAUGUCUGUCUUAAAUUUGAGAAGUAAGAUGCUGUCAAAACUCCUUGUUUUUGAGGCAUGACACUACGACCUCCAUUUUCACCAUAACUUCUUUAACAAAUUGCCUCUUUCUUCACCUUUUAUCAUCCUGCAUUUCAUCAGAAAGCAAAUAAGCAGCCAAUGUUUGUAGCUGUCUCCAUCACAGUCAUCAGCCUUGAACAAACCCUAACUUGAAUAAUCAAUGCCGUGGUGCCACCAUCUGAAUAUUGAUUAAAUACAUGCAUCUAUGGGGUUAUCAAUUAGGUCAACUGCUUCCAGCUCCCGUUGCCAGCUGUAUUUUCAAGCAUUGCCUCUUUGGAUUGCUAUUUCCGCUACUAAUAUUCAGAUACCUGCUAGAGGAUACAGGAGUUAGGCUAGAAAUGAAGGUCGGUCCGAGAUGUGCUGUGACCCUUGAAGAAAGACAUUUUGCUAACUCUUCUUCUUCUUCUUCUUCUUCUUCUGCCUCUUUCCUCUCUCUCUCUCUCUCUCUCUCUCUCUCUCUCUCUCUCUCUGUUGUUUUUUAUUUUUCUCCUUUAAAUAGUCUAUGAUGUCAUUUUUUCUCUUUGGAGUUGAACUAGGCUUCGGACAUAAUUUUUUUUUUCUUCGAAAAAUCUUUCCCAAACUUUAUUCCUGUUUCCAAUAAAUCCUCCUCUUCUUCAUGAUUCACGUAUCCGAAGUAUGUCCACUACUUUCUGUCUCUGUCUGAUAUGUGGUGGGAGCAUUUGGGAAACGAAAUUGUAAGUCGUGUAGCACUAACUCGUUCAAAAGUUUUGCACUCUUGUUAUCUCCACUGCUAUUAAUUCAUUGUUACAGUUUGAAUUGUCAUUUUAACUGUGUGUUGAUAAAGUUUUAACAACAAUAGCAACCAUACUUCAAACCCAAUUUAAUUGGGGAUGACUAUAUAGAUUCUCAGUAUCAUUUUGACUCCAUUUGGACAUGUUUCAUCUCAACAAUCAAUGAUUUGUUUUUAAGACAAAUUCGAAGCUCUCUAACCCUAGAGGUUCUCUAUAUCUUACUGUCAGAGAAAUAUCUAAAAAUACAUAGAGAAGACUUGUAGCAUAAUCCAGACUUUAUGUGUACCAACACGACUAAGUGUUAAUCCCAACUAGUUGGUGUUGCUCAAAUGGAUCUUUUGCUUUCAUUGUGUUUUUAGGAUUACCUUAUCUCCUUUUAAUAUCUUCAAUCAUUGUUUGGUCACACUGACAAAUCAGUGCACUUAAAAAUACCUACACUCUUGUAUCAAUCUUUUAUUUUAAGUAUCCUAUUUUAAUUCUAAGAUUUACUUUUUCAUGUAUUGUACCAUUCUCAUCGAUCAUUGAGGCUAGAUAACUGAAUUGUCUGUUUUAGACAUCACACCUGUUUAAUCUCACUCCAACUUCAUUUGUGCUGAUAAAGUUUUAUGUAAACAUUUAACUAGAAUUUGCUUGUAUGUUUCACUUGUCAUCUCUAGUUAUGUUAUUUUGGAGAUAUUGUACUCUUAGAAUGUUGCAAAUGCUUCACUUGUCUAUCAUCACUCCUACUGAUGAAUUUAAGUAGUUUUUUCUUUUUCUUGAACUUCUAGAUACAUGGUAAGUCCAAGUCAAAGGGAAUUGAGAAAACAAAGUUUGCAACAUAAUUUGGUCUAUUCUUUGCAAUGCACCUUUUAGGUACUUGUGAUUUCUUAAACUUUUCACAAUCCACCGACUUAAUUUGAUUGUUGUGUGGAAGUUCAGUAUAUUUUAGAAAUAUUCAAAUGAACUGAAGCACAUUGGAAUAUAUACUUUUUUGCUCUUUGACUCGCAAGUAUUAUAAUGUCGGCUUGGUCAGAAAUAAUACUUUGAGCAAAAGAUUAUAGUAUCUUAUAUAACUCUAUUUGGUGGUGGAAUCUACUGUCGCUUCGAUUCAAGAAUUUCAGCUUAGAGUAUUCAUCAGUAAAUAGACUGUUCUAUGUGGUACUUUUUUUUGAAAGUAACAUGCUUCAGACUAGGUAAGGUAGUAUUUGACUAAAGCAUCUCCGUGACUGUUAAACUUAAAUUUACCCAAUAAAACCGGUAUCUGCUGCAAUAUCACAACUUGAUUUUCCUGAGAUAUUCGCUGCCUCAAAUAUAAAUAUAUAGAGAGAAGACCCAUGGUAACUAAGAGUCUAAGACUACAUAGGUGUUAUGCUAACAGCGUCAGUUAGGAAAAUUUAGAACUUCUCUUCCAAGUCAUGCUAGAUUAUGAUUAUGGACUAAAAUUUAUCAGCUAACAUCAUCACCAGUCCAGAAUGGAAGAUUUUUCGCCAUUAGUAUUAUUAUAUUAUUAUUUCUAGUUCUUAAACUCGCACAACUCUUUUUCUUUUUCAUUUUUUUGCUUUGGUGCAAUGUUUUUUUUUUUAAAUUAUUUUUAAUAAUGGUGGUAUUCGGGCCAGCUUAUGUGCACCUUAACUAUUCCAUCGGGUACCUGCUACCUCCCACCAGCAAAGGUACCAGGUUGGCUUAGGUAGAUGGGAAAAAAUAAUCUAGAUUUCUUGCCUCGAUUGGGAUUUAAACUUGAGACCUCUUGUUCUCCUCCCACUUGACCACUAGGCCACACCCUUGAGUGGCACUUCGGUGUAAUAUUAAUGGUUACAUUCUUUUAGUUUCUUAACUUUAGAUUUUCAUUUAUUACAUUUUAUCAUUGAAUGUGGCUAUAUUUUACAGACGCAAGUUUACUAGUUUUAUGUUCUCUGUGUUCCUUUUAGUUGCUUCCGACUAUUUGCAACCCUCUGGUUGUGAUUGUUCUGCAUGGACCCAUUCGUAAGACUAAGUGUUUUCAGUAACUAGAUUCAUGAGUCGUAUUUUUAGAAUACUUCAAUGAGAAAACACUUUUUUCAUCUUCCUGGGCUAGAAGCAACCUGUAUGCCGGAUGUAUUUGGGUAUUUGUGGUAUGUCGAACUUUAGCUAUUUGCAUAUGGAAAAUAUAAAACAAUUUCCUCCAGUUCCAUUGUGCUAUAUUGAAUGACAUGAGAGUGUAAACUAUGUGCUCAUUCAGGACAUCUGUUGUUAUUCUUGAUAAUAUUGGUGGAUAGGUCUAUCACUUCUAUCUUUCAAUUUUACCAGCAACAUGAGAUGAUCUUCUUUAAUUUGCUUAGUCCAGCUGAAAAUUUCUCCUUGUUUUCAUCGAUAAAAUACAACUUUUCGUUGAAGCUGAUUGGACUGGAUAAUAGCACAGUUCUCUUUUCGACUUUGAUGUGCCUAUUCUUGUGUUAUUUCUUCAUUUUGUCUGAUCAAGCUUGUGAAAUUUCUUGUUGCUCCAUAUAAGAGUUGAAGAAAGUUCGCUUUGCCUCCUAUAGGGCAGUGUGCAUGAAAUGUGCAGUUAAUUCCCAAUUAAAUACGCAGUGAUACGAUUGCAGCUUUACUUUCUGCAACUUAUUUGGUCAAUGUUGGCUAGUAUGAAGCACGGUGGCCUGAGAGUACUGUACCUAAAGGUUGGCAGGUGAUGGAUAGUAAGAUGUUCUGUUUUUCCCUCUCUGUGGGCCAAUAACUUUGGCUUGAGAAACAACAUUCUUGAUUUCUUUAUGACUGGAUCUCUCUCAAACAUGCACAUGCACUGAUCGUUGCUGCUGAUUUUGUAUUGUCUUUUGUUUAAAAUCUUAGACAGAGAUCCCAAGAACGUUUAUAUAUAUACACACACGAUAUAUUCUAUAUUCCACCCACCUGCCUCUCCUAGAUUCUUGUUAUGUUGUGAUUGUUCCUUUAAGAUGUGUAGUAAUCUAAUUGAUGCAUGUUUGAUCCCAUUUUAA